ACUUCCUGAGAAAACACUGAGAAAAAAGCGUGUCUUCCCUUGGGGUCUGGGACUGAGCCACGUUAGCAAUUUCGGCAGUCACAGUGGCGGCCCUGGAAAGCCAUGAUCCCCAAGUAUUCAUUGAUGGGGCCUUUCAGAGGACACAUGAGUAUCAAAAGUAGCCCCUUUUCUCCAAGUUCUUCUUGCAAGCUGUCAAGUCAGUUCAUCAUUGAAGAUCACAUGGCAACACAUUACAGAAAAUUGCUAUCUGCAAAAGCUGCUGUGGAUUCAUCUGCUCCAAAAAGCUUGAACAUGAGCAUCAAAUACAGAGACCAACAGAAAAGAGAGAACCUUAUCAAAGCAGUUGAGAAAUAUAAGAAAGAAAAGGCAUGGAUCCUUUCAUCCCCUCCAGUCAAUUCUAGAAACAUUACCAGUGAUCAUCAUGCAUUACAGAGCAGUCUGGAUUUGGUUUCAAGUGGGAAAAUGCCAUCCUUCAAAGAAAGAGACAAGUACUUUCCCAAACAUUCCAGGAAGCCACCCUCAAGAACUCAGUCCAAAGUUUUAAGAGCAGAGGAGAUCAUCCAAGAUAUUGUCUGGUGGCCUUUAUCUGAGGCUCUCUUCAAUGGCAAGAAUACAGCUCUACCACACAACCAGUCUCACAGACAGAGGCCCUCUCUGAGCCACAGCAGGAAGAUAUUACAACCCUUCUGUAAGAAAACAUUUGGUGGAGAUUUAUUGGACAUUCAUAGACAAUGGUUUACAGAAGCAAACCAGCCCUUUAUACCAAAAGUUUUAAAAACACCAAAAAAAUCAUUCCUUUCAAAAUACAGGUAUUAUAAUUCUCCAUGUAGAAAGAAGAGCUUCUCAUCUGAUAAACCAUCAUACAAAAAUCCAAGAAAGUUUCACAGGGCUCUGGAAGAUGAAUGCCUAAGAUCUUAUGCAGAUUACUUCCUACGGCAUCUGCUCAAGAAAUACAACCAGACUUCGGUUUCUCUGCAAGCACUGCUUCAGGCAAAAGAAGAAGAACUGAAGUACCUUCAGUUUCUUAAAGAGGUUACAGAUGACAUUUUGAUCAGUAGCUGUUACCAGAACAAGGCACUUGAUGAUGUAUUUCAGCUACAUGUUAGAAACAGAAGGUGUGACCUUGUUGAGAUGUAUUAUGCUGAGACAACCACCUUGCUACAGAGCAAAAGUGCAAGGAACAGAAAAUGUGGUGAAAUAAACAGGCGUUUUAAUUGCAUAGGUAAAAAUGCAAAGAAUUUUGCAAGCCCUGAAGGAAGAUUUGGACAACUGCACUGAUCUGCCAGAUCCUUCUAUCAGUUACUCUGGCUUGGAGCACAGGAGUGGUUGCCUCAUUGCUCCAAAUAUGUAGCCACUGUUUCUUCAGUGUCAGUGUCCUUCUGCAGAAUCCGACUGAAACAACUCGAAUUUUCAGGUAUAGCAGGCAUUUUCCAUAUGGGCAGAGGACAAAGUAAUGUAGGCUUGGCCUGUAGAAUAAACCUUAUAUUAAAUGCCUGAUAUUCUAAUUUAUAUGAGUUGGGAAAAGUUUAUGCAAGCAAUGACCUGAAGAUGGAGAUGGAUGCAACAUUACCGAAUGUCCCCUUUUUGCUGUAGAACCCUAUACUGUGUUGCAUUUUGUUUGUGAGGUUCUCCUGACUUUCCAGGAUGAUUUCAGACAAAGUAGGCUGCUCGGGGAAGGCGAAGGUGGAGAAAUAUCCACUCUGCUAAUUCUUUCCACGAGCUCUUCCACUGGAUCUAAUUCAUUGUUUGGAUACGACUAGGCAUCAACAGUAUCUUAUCUUUCUAGAGAUAUAUCGUCCAGACCACAGCAGAACAAUGGAAUCGGGGUGGGGGGGGCUACUCUUGACAGCAGUCAUGUUACUUCCUAUUAUACGUACUAUGUAUUUGGAGUGAU